UUAUAAGCGCUAUAUAUAUUUUAAUAACACGCGAUUUCCAUUUAACAUACGCCAAGUCGUAUUUUUCAGCAGGAGAAUUAUUGUCCGCUCUGGGGUCCUAAAUUUCAAAACAAUCGAAAUGGCGGCGUCUGUAAGAUGGAGUCUAAUGCGCUUCACACGGUCACAUCAUUUGAGACUGGCUGUAAAUGACAGAAAUCAGUGCUAUUCAGUGUGGGCCGCCCAUAGAAAACGGUCUCAACAGUAUGAAAGCAAACUGUUCUCAGUACGAAAGCUUUCCAUUUUAACUCAAGACACACCAAACCCGAGAAGCCUAAAGUUUCUUCCCGGUAAGCCUGUGCUGGGGACAGGGACUCGAGAUUUCCCAACUUCAAACUCUGCGGAGAGUUCGCCUUUAGCCAGGGAUCUUUUCCAAAUUGAAGGCAUAAAAAGUGUCUUUUAUGGCCCAGAUUUCAUCACAUUGACUAAGACGGACGAUGAGGUUGAAUGGACAGACAUUAGGCGGCAUGCUAUUGAGAUCAUUACUAAGUUCUUCGAGAAUGGCGAGGCCAUCACAAUGGGAGCAACACAUGCUGAGAGCAGUAUUACAGAAGAUGAUGAUGAAAUUGUCUUAAUGAUUAAGGAGCUUUUAGACACACGGAUCAGACCCACGGUUCAGGAGGAUGGUGGCGAUGUCAUAUUUAAGGGCUUUGAGGAUGGCACUGUGAAGCUGAAGCUGGUUGGCUCCUGCACGGGCUGUCCCAGCUCCACAGUUACCCUAAAAAAUGGCAUCCAGAACAUGCUGCAGUUUUAUAUACCCGAGGUGGACAAUGUAGAACAGGUUGAGGAUGAAGUGGAUGAGGUCAACAUGAAGGUGUUUGCAGAAGUGGAGAAGAAAUUGCAAGACUCGUAGCAUAAGACCCAGCUCUGCUGUCCGUAUAUUUCCAUUUGCUAUUGUUGUGCUGUAAUUAAAAUGGGAUUCAGACGCUCCAUAAGGAAGCUGUAUAUUUAAGGUGCAGAAUCUAGCAUAUAUUGUAAUAUUUAACAAAGCUCAGUGUUGUAAGGUGUUCGGUUUCCAAUAUAAUAGUGCAAUAUUGUGAUUGCAAGUACAAGACAACUGACAUCUGCACUCUUUUAUGUUUUGACUGGCACUCAACUCACUUAGUUACAAAGAUUCUUAGCAGGUUUGUUAUUUUUAAAAGAAACAAUGGUUAAAUUGAAGACGGUUAUACUUUGAAUGACUAUGUUUAAUGAACCAGGAUGUGUGGAGAGUGCUGUAAUUAAUUGGGAGUUCUUUUACGCUGUGUUCCUGAUACAUUCUCUCAAAUGAGCACUUGAAGUAAUGCAGAUCUUCCAUAGUCUUUGCAAAUGAGAUCAGUUACGAUCAUCUACAGCUGCCAUUCAGCAGUGCUGGCGGACCUAUAAUAAAAUAAAACAAUACAAUUAGUGAUUGUCUUGGUGUA